GCCAAAAAGCGGCCGGCAUGGGUGCCGAGCUGCCCGCACCCUGGCUGCUACUCUUCACCUGGCUCCCAGCAGGGUGCCUGUCCUUGCUGGUGACAGUCCAGCACACAGAACGCUAUGUCACCUUGUUUGCCUCCGUCACCCUCAAAUGUGACUAUACUACCUCUGCUCAGCUCCAGGACGUGGUGGUGACCUGGCGCUUCAAGUCCUUCUGCAAGGACCCCAUCUUUGACUACUUCUCCGCCUCAUACCAGGCAGCUCUGUCCCUGGGCCAGGACCCCUCCAAUGACUGCAAUGACAACCAGAGGGAAGUUCGCAUCGUGGCCCAGCGGCGGGGGCAGAACGAGCCUGUGUUGGGGGUGGAUUACCGGCAGCGCAAGAUCACCAUCCAGAACCGAGCUGAUCUUGUGAUUAAUGAAGUGAUGUGGUGGGAUCACGGAGUAUACUACUGUACCAUUGAGGCUCCAGGGGACACAUCAGGAGACCCAGACAAGGAGGUGAAGCUCAUUGUCUUGCAUUGGCUGACAGUGAUCUUCAUCAUCUUGGGAGCCCUCCUCCUCCUGGUGCUGAUUGGAGUGUGCUGGUGCCAAUGCUGUCCUCAGUAUUGCUGCUGCUACAUUCGCUGCCCGUGCUGCCCCACCCGCUGCUGCUGUCCAGAGCAAGCCCUGGCCCGCCACCACUACAUGAAGCAGGCUCAGGCCCUAGGUCCUCAGAUGAUGGAAAAACCCCUGUACUGGGGGGCGAACAGGAGCUCCCCGUUUUCAUCUUAUGCCAUGAACCCGCUGCUGCAGCGAGAUUUGUCCUUACAGUCCAGCUUCCCACAGAUGCCAGUGACCCAGACCACCACUCACCCUCCUCUUGCCAAUGGUGUUCUGGAGUAUUUGGAGAAAGAGCUGCAGAACCUCAACCUAGCUCAGCCUCUACCCCAGGACCUCAAAGCUAGAUCCGGCCACCCCCGCAACAUGCUGUCCUCCCUGGGCUCAGAGGUUGUGGAACGCAGAGUCAUCCAACUCCCCCCCCUGAUCAGAGACCCGGUGUCCUCGAGAGCCAGCAGCUCCUCCUAUCAGCAGUGGCUCACCUCUGUUCCCUCCAGACCCUGGGAUCAGAGGGAGGGGAGAAGGCAGCCCCAGCACUCUGAUCUCUACCACGAGCUCCAGGACUGGGGGCCCAGACCCUGGGCACCAGGGAGAAGGGAGCUGGAGCGUCCGUGGAGAGGAGGCCACCACCGCUCCAGGCUGGACGGGUCCCCCACGCCCUGGUCAGACAGGGACAGCCUCAGCGAAGGCCCCUCGAGCAGCGAGGCGCGUUGGCGCAGGAGCCGCCACGGCGAGAGGCCGCGCAGGCCGAGUCCCAGGCUGGGCGCGCAGAGGCCCGGGAGGCCGCGGCCCCGCAGCUACUCCCCUCCCCCGGCCUCGGGCCUCAGCUCCUGGAGCUCCGAGGAGGACAAGGAGCCGCUGCCCCGGAGCUGGGGGGCCCGCCGCCGCCGCUCGCACUCCCCAAAGCUGCCCGAGGAGAAGCCGCCCAGCUACCGCUCGCUGGAUGUCACUGCAGGCAAGAAUGGCAGGAAAAGAGGGAGUGUGGAGAGGCGAUCGGAGAGAGAGAGCUCCCAUAGUGGAAGGAGUGUAGUCAUUUAGUCACUGGGCACAGCACGACUUCUGUGGUGGCUACUUCUC